GCUGCAGAGUUCAGUUUAGUUUCAACUUUCGGUACGCAAUGAUACCUCUUAAAAUAAUAUUGCUGCUCGCAGUAGCAGCUUCAAGCCAUACCGGGCUUGCCCACCCGAGAAAUCUGGACUUGGGCAGUUUGCCCGAUUUGAUGAAUUUUGAGGAUCGGUACAAGGCGCUGGAAGAAGCUCACGUGGAAAGCGACGAGAGAAAUCCUAUUGAAACUCCGUACCGAUUGCCGGGAAACGUGAUUCCUUUUCACUACUGGGUUCAGCUAGAAUCUAGCAUCCACGCAGGAGAUCGUGCUUUCAAGGGAAAAGUUGAUCUGUACUUUAAUGUGAGUUCCCCGACGAGACGCGUGUACGUGCACAACCGAGGACUAGAUUUGGAAAAGGCCGAGCUGUACAUUUACGGAGCUGGUGCGGAGCCGGAAAAGAUUUUGCUGGACUGGCCGCGAUAUGAGUUUGACUAUCGGCGCGAGUUUAUCAUUUUCUCGUCCCGGAUCAAUCUGAUUCCCGGAGUGUCUUACAUUCUGUGUUUGGAAUUUGAGGGAAAUUUACGGCUUGACCAGGAUGGUUUCUACGUGGCGACCUACCAGGACGAUCAGGGUGAAGAACGGUACUAUGCGGUGACGCAGUUCCAGGCCAUCAGCGCAAGAACCGCGUUCCCGUGCUUUGAUGAACCGGCGCUGAAGGUGACAAUCGAUCUGGAGCUGAUUCACAGCCAAAGUUACAGCGCGGUGUCGAACAUGCCCGUUUCGGAGGAGUUUCUACGCAGUGAUGGUUUCCAGCUGACUCGCUUCCAACGAACUCCGGUUAUGUCGGUUUACCUGAUGGCGUUUAUGAUUUCGGAUUUUGAGUACCGUGAGGAGGGAACUCAGCGCAUAUUUGCUCGUCCGAAUGCAAUCGAUGAGACGGAGUUUGCUCUCGCUGCGGGAGUGGCCACGCUGCAGGCGUUCGACGAGUACACCGGAAUUCCGUACAGCACUUACAUGCCGAAGAUGGACCAGGUCGCGGUGACGGAUUUUUCCGCUGGUGCUAUGGAAAACUGGGGACUUUGCAAGUAUCAGGAGCAGUACUUGCUGGAUGAUCCGGAGAAGACAACGUUCCGUACACGUACGUUUAUCGCUACGAUAAUCGCUCACGAGUACGCUCAUCAGUGGUUCGGAAAUAAGGUGACUACCGAAUGGUGGAGUUAUCUGUGGUUGAACGAGGGAUUCGCAACGUUCUAUGAGUUCUACGCAGCGAAUCUUGCAGCUCCUCAUAUGGAGUACUUUGAGAUGUUUAACUUGAACGUUGUUCAUUGGGCGCUGUACGCCGAUGGACAGGAAGGGACGCGUCCGAUGAGUUACAGCAGAGGAGCAACAAAUAGCCUGAUCGGUAGUUUGUUUGAUAGCGUUGCCUAUGAUAAGGCCGGAUCGGUAGUGAACAUGUUCCGUGGAGUUCUGGGUGAUGAUGCUUGGAGGGAAAUGUUGCAGAUCUACCUGAGCGGGAACGGUCUACAGUCUGUAAAUCCGACACUGUUGGCUAAUGCAAUGGAGCAAGUGGCUGAUGACUUGGACAUCUUGCCGGAUGGAGUUUCAAUGGCUGAUUUCGUCAAUAGCUGGACCGAACAGGCCGGCUAUCCGGUCCUAAAUGUUCGUAGGAAUUAUGUUUCAAACGAGAUCAUCAUCUCUCAGGAACGAUACUUUAACGAUUUUAUUGAAGCUAACGGUCAGCAGACAUGGAUCGUACCGUACAAUCUGGUCAAUCAAUCAUUUGCUGAUUUCAACGACUUAUCAUGGAUCUGGCUUACUGGUAGAGCCGUUCGACUUUCGACCAACGUGCAGGACGACCGCUGGGUUAUCGUCAACAAGCGCCAGGUUGGCUUUUAUCGCGUAAAUUACGAUGUGCGUAACUGGUAUCUCAUCAUCGACGCACUAGUCCAGAACUGGGCCAGCGUACACCGGCUAAAUCGUGCUCAGCUGUUGGACGAUUCGUUCGAGCUCGCCCGCUCUAAUCGUCUUGAUAUGGAAGUGUGUCUAGACUUGAUGGAGUAUUUACGUGACGAGCUGGAAUAUCCACCCUGGACGGCCGCCAGCUCAAUUUUGAGCUAUUUCCACAAUCGCGUUCGUGGAACCGAGCAAUACGACGGCUUCGCACGAUUUGUGCACACAAUCAUUGCACGUGUCUACGGCACUCUAGAGAUUGAUUCCGUCGGAGACGAGGAAUCAAACCUGCACAAAUAUCUGAAGCAAACCAUCUCGACCUGGGCUUGUUCGACGGGACAGGAAGAUUGCUUGACUCGUACGCGUAAUUUGCUCCAGGAAACUGCCGAGUCCGAAGGCACUGUACACCCAGAUAUUGCUGCCGUAACGUACUGCUAUGGUCUGCGGGACUCUACCAAGCGAACGUUUGUGUUUGUGUAUGAUCUUCUGAAGACUUCGACGAAUAAGGCGCAUCGAAACCUUCUGAUUGAUUCGUUGGGAUGUUCGAAUGAUCAGGAAGAGCUCCGAGCAUUCCUGUACACUGCCGUCGGUGGAGAUAUUCAGGUGAAUUUCACUAUGGCUGAGCGUAGGAGAAUUCUUAGCGCCGUUGCCGCAGGAAGUCGUGAUGGGGUUGAUGCUUUGAUUGAUUUCCUCGUUGAUGCUUAUGGAUAUGUCAUCUCAAUUCUUGGACAGAAUACAAUGUAUACUGCACUUCGGAAUAUUGCCUCCAGGACGAACAACGAAGCCGAACUAGAAAGGCUGGAGUUCCUCAUCGAAACGCUAGGUCCCCGGUUUUCCCAGACCGAAGUCAAUCGGGCUCGAGAAACCGCCGCUCGUAACCUGGAGUGGCCAUCGACCCGGGAAGGAUUAAUCGUGGCAAGCUUCCUGGAGAACCACUACCCGGCGGAGACCGUGUCAACUGUGUAAUUUCAACUGCUAAUCAUUUAGCCGUAAUAAAAAAUACCGAAUUGUCGAUUGUUGGUAGCACACACAAAAGUCA